GCGCCGAUCGCGCUCCGGGCUGGUUCCGGUUCCGGUGCCGGUGCCGUUGCCGGUGCCGCCAUGGUGGGCCCGGGCGCGGGCGCGGCUCCGCUGGAGAACGCAAAUCCCCUCAUCUACCGCCGCUCCGGGGAGCGCCCCGUGACCGCCCGCGAGGAGGACGACGAGCUGCCCGACCCCAUCGACGACCGGGAGAUCUUCGAUCUCAUCCGCUCCAUCAAUGACCCCGAGCACCCGCUCACCCUGGAGGAGCUGAACGUCGUCGAGCAAGUGCGAGUGAAAGUGAACGACGCCGAGAGCACGGUGUCGGUGGAGUUCACGCCCACCAUCCCGCACUGCAGCAUGGCCACCCUCAUCGGCCUCUCCAUCAAGGUCAAGCUGCUCCGCUCGCUGCCCGAGAGGUUCAAGCUGGAUGUUCAUAUAACGCCAGGAACACAUGCCUCUGAGCACGCAGUUAAUAAACAGCUCGCUGAUAAAGAGCGUGUGGCAGCUGCUUUGGAAAACUCUCACCUGCUGGAAGUGGUGAAUCAGUGUUUGUCUGCUCGGUCAUAACUGCCUGGUGAGGAAAUCACUGGUGUUCUGAUCUACUAAACCAAUUUUCUAUAUGUGUGUUGAUGUUACAAUUUACAUAAAACUGUGAGAAAAAUAAAAUCACUUAAAUUCUCUUGAAGAAA